AUGGGUUUCAUGGGUCACCAUGAUCUCGCUCCUGUGGUCGAGCCUAUCGCCAUUUUCAACCAAUUCGUCGCGAAGGAGCCACAGACGAUAGUUCUCAGAGAAAAGGUGCUCUCCGUCUCUGGAGACAGCUUUGAUAUCAAAUUGGCCAAUGGCGAGACGCUUCUGAAAGUGCACGGUUCCUGGAUAUCACUUUCUGGUCGCAAGAAGGUCGAGGACGCCCAUGGCAAACACCUGUUUGAUAUUGUCAAGGAGCAUUUGCAUCUCCACACGACCUUUGCGAUUGAAGACACCCACGGCAAGAAGAUUUGUGAGGUGAAGAGUAACCUUACAUUGGUCGGCUCCAAAGCCACCGCCACUUUCACUGAUGCUAACGACCAUGCAAAGACUUUCAAUAUGAAGGGAGGCUGGUUCGAUCACAGUGCUGAUAUUGUUGACCAUAAGACUGGCCAAACUGUUGCUCGUGUUGACCGAAAACUGCUCAGUGGCCGUGAUCUUGUGUUCGGCCAGCAGACCUACGCCGUUGUUGUGGCGCCUGGCGUGGACGCAGCACUGAUCGCUGCCAUGUGUAUAUGCUUCGAUGAGAAGAACAAUGAGGAACGUGGCGAGUAG